AUGAAAUCAUUCGUUCAAGAUAUAAAUGACACGCUUGAUUUUAUUAUGAGAUAUUCUAACAGUUUUCCAAAUCUUCGAUCUGCUUUACCCCAAGAAAGAAAAAAUAAGCGUCAAGUCUUUGUCAAAUCUCUUAUACAUGUCAGUUAUAGGAAAAUUAAGAUGAGAAAAUAUCCAAUGCGUUAG